AUGGCCUUUGACAACAAGUUUGAUUGGGACGGCUCCAAUGUCAUUGACCUUACCUCGCCAGUUUCUAUGGGGAAAGGUACCCACGAGGCCCGAUUGUGCAUCUCUAUUGUUGGUGGAUAUACUACAGGCUACAGCAUGAGGGUUGAGAAAUUCGCGUCUGGCUUGACUUCCCUCUUCGAAUACCACCCCAGUGAAUUACAUAUGUUUGACGAGUACUGGAACGCAAAGCACAUACCUAAGCUCCAGUGA